AUGGCGACUAGCGACGAGGAGAAAGGCUCCAAGAUCGAGGUCCCCGGAUCUCCAGAGAUUGGCCAUCUUGCUGGCGAUUACGCUGGCGACAAUGCCGACGGUCUGCACCGCCGCCUGAAUAACCGUCAAAUCCAACUGGUAGCCAUUGGCGGUUCCAUUGGCACCGCCCUCUUUGUCAGUAUCGGCUCCGGUUUGGCAAAGGGCGGUCCUGGCAGUUUGCUUAUUGCCUUCAUUCUGUAUCCUCUGGUCCUCGCAUGUGUCAACAACUCAGUGGCUGAAAUGACGGUACUCAUGCCCGUUUCUGGUGGUUUCAUCCGUCUGGCCGGCCACUGGGUUGAUGAUGCUCUUGGCUUCAUGACUGGUUGGAAUUUUUUCAUUUAUGAGGCUCUCUUGAUCCCCUUUGAGAUUACCGCCCUUAACCUGGUCCUGUCCUUCUGGAACACCAAGGUCACCGAUCCAGGACCUACCGCUGGUAUUUGUAUCGCGGUGAUUAUUUGCUAUGCUGCAUUGAACAUUCUUGCAGUCCGAGCUUAUGGUGAAGCAGAGUUUUGGCUGUCCGGAGGCAAAGUCAUUCUGCUCUUCAUGCUCUUCAUGUUCACCCUGGUGACCAUGCUUGGCGGCAACCCUGCCCACGACCGCUAUGGAUUCCGAUACUGGAACAACCCAGGUGCGUUUGCCGAGUACCACUCUACCGGUGCCCUGGGCCGCUUUGAAGGCUUCCUCGGUGCCCUCUGGAGUGCUGGGUUCGCUGUGGUUGGUCCCGAAUACGUCUCCAUGGUCGCUGCCGAAGCCAAACGCCCCCGUAUCUACAUUAAGACGGCAUUUAAGACCAUCUAUUGGCGAUUUGGCCUCUUCUUCCUUGGCAGUGCCUUGUGUGUUGGUAUUGUCGUGCCCUGGAACGACGAGACUUUGCAAAAGGUCAUGAAGGGUGAGGCUGACACCACGAGUGCCGCUGCCUCCCCAUAUGUCAUUGCCAUGAGCAAUAUGGGUAUUGAAGUGCUUCCUCACAUUGUGAAUGCGCUUAUGUUUACGUCUAUCUUCUCGGCCGGAAACACCUAUACCUAUUGCGCAACUCGAUCACUUUACGGUCUUGCUCUGGAAGGUCGUGCGCCCGCUUUCCUACGAAAGUGCUGGAGCAAUGGCGUGCCCAUCUACUGCUUCUGUGUCGUCAUGUGCUUCCCCUUCCUCUCCUUCCUUCAGGUCGGCAACGGCUCAAGAAAGGUUGUUGGAUGGCUCGUCGAUCUCAUCACCGCUGGUGGCAUUAUUGAUUACCUGAGCAUGUCCAUCACCUUCAUUUUCUACCACCGCGCCUGCAAGGCUCAGGGGCUCGACCGCAAGACUCUGCCGUACUACGGAAGAUUCCAGCCAUACUGCGCUUACAUUGCUCUGUUUGUUCAGACACUGGUGGUCAUCUUCUACGGCUACUCUGCUUUCACGCCCUGGAGUGUUGAGAGCUUCUUCCGAAACUACACUAUGCAAAUUUUGGCUCCAAUCCUAUUCUUUGGCUGGAAAUUCCUCAAGGGCACUCACUUCAUCAAGCCCCAUGAGGCCGACCUGGUCUGGGAGCGACCGACCAUCGACCGUUACGAAGCCAGCUUUACCCACGAUCCUGUUGGCUUCUGGACAGAGAUGGGCCGCCUGGUUGGCAUCAACAGAAAGAGUAAAGCACACCAAAGAGACGAAUAA